GAUUGAGACUAGAUGUAGCGCGCGUGUUGUCAGCUUUGGGCAGUGCGAUCGUGAGCGUUUUUUCCUCGCGCCGCCGCUGGCUCCCAUCUUGGUUCGGCCGAUCUUGACGCACUUUCUUGACGACGCUAACACGCGGCAACCAUUGACGCCCUGUGUGCUUCGACGCUGCCGCCGCCGCCAGGGCCGACAGCCGAGGAGGGCAAAACCAUGUCUGGCGAUCACCGGACUGUCAUCAACGGGAGCCCGAGCCAGUACGUGAAGCUCAACGUAGGCGGGUCCCUCCAUUACACCACCAUCGGCACUCUCACCAAACAUGACAGCAUGCUCAGGGCCAUGUUCAGCGGCCGAAUGGAAGUGCUCACCGACUCCGAAGGUUGGAUACUCAUUGACAGAUGUGGGAAACACUUCGGCACCAUCCUGAAUUUUCUGAGGGACGGUUCGGUGCCGCUACCCGAAUCCACGAGGGAGAUUGCGGAGUUACUGGCCGAAGCCAAGUACUACCUCAUCCAAGCGCUCGUGGAAAGUUGCGAAGCCGCCCUGCAGAAGAAGGAGAGCCCGCAAGAACCAAUUUGCAGAGUUCCACUCAUCACGAACGAGAAGGAAGGAAACCUUCUGAUAAGCACUUCGACUAAGCCUCUGGUCAAGCUGCUUAUCAACAGACAUAACAACAAGUAUUCCUACACAAGCACCUCUGAUGACAAUCUCCUCAAGAAUGUAGAAAUGUUUGACCGGCUGUCACUGCGGUUCUGCAGCCGCGUCCUGUUCCUAAAGGAUGUGAUAGGCAGCAACGAAAUCUGCUGCUGGACAUUCUACGGCCACGGUAAAAAGGUUGCCGAGGUCUGCUGUACAUCGAUUGUCUACGCAACUGACAAGAAGCACACCAAAGUCGAGUUCCCCGAAGCUCGCAUCUACGAGGAGACCCUCAACAUCCUCCUCUACGAAAACCGCAAUGGCCCAGACCCUGAACUGAUGCAGGCGACGAGCACGCGAGGUGCCGUCGCUCGUGCCACCACCUGCUACACGAGCGACGACGAGGACGAGCGCCGCGCACCGGUCGGCUCGUGCAGCGGCUGCACCAGCACGCGAGACUCCCGGGAGUCGUGCCACCUGGGCCGUAUACGAAGCACCAAGCAGAGUAGCUGAGGUAGCGUCUACGUCGCUGCCUUACUCCUUCGCGGAAUCUCGCCGGCGGGGGCAAGGUACCGGCAGCUGUCGUUCGGUCGCUGCAAGCCGAGCCUGGCUUCUUUCUGCUGUCCCUACAUGGACCUCGCUUAGCGCGGAGAAAGAAGUGCAAUGCCUCGUGCAGCACUUGUUUUGUGGGUGACCACGCUUCCUCGCAAGCCAGUGGGAAUGGAGGCGCAGGGAGAACCUGUAUCCUUCUCCGCUCAAUCUAGUGCCCCAUUUCGUCUAGGCCUUCGAUGUUGUGUGGUUGUAGUGGUCGGCUUCGUCUUUUAAUGGAGGGGUGUCCGACCUUCCGAGAGUUAUAUUGUGACCGCUUGUAGUGAAGUGUGCAAGUUGAUGGUACUUCUUGUGUCAUGUGAAGCACGUGCUUCAGAGAAAGCUAGCUGCAUUGUGUGCCUGGUGCACUUGUUUGGGUUUUGAUAUUGUUGGAAGUUUACGGGAUAAUACAAAGCAAGUGUAGUACAUGUAAAAUGGACUGCGUAAGCCUUGAGGCUGGUAGAGCCGCACUGUCCCCCAUUGGCUGAUCAAUUCAGCUACCACCAAAGCCAGGUUGUUCGAGCAGAACAUUGUGCUAUGCCUUGAUCCGGAGGUGUCCACCUGCCGAGUUUCCAUGAACAUCGUUACAAAAUUGCUGCAUUACCGCGACACUGAAUCUCUGUUUUACUGAAAAAGUUCACAUUUGGUGAGCUGGCAUGACUUGCUCUUUGUUCCUUCUAUCGCCACAAUGUGGCAAAGUUGUUGCGUGGUGUGUCUCUGUUCUUACUUCUUUUCAUUUGGAUGUCAGGAUCUCUUUGCAACACAUCGGCAAAAGACGAGUGAAUUAGUAAGCAUUGUGAGGUGGUGUGCAUUGACAUCAAACCAAAUAUUUUGCUGCACAUAGCUGUGCUCAAGAGCCGGAGGGCAGGUGUGUUACUUACAGCAAGGGCUGCUGUUGAAGGGAAUGAGUGUGGCUCACUCUUUCAAGGUUUCGGCAGAAGCAAUGUCGUUGCAAUGCACAGGUCCUUGGAGCGGCUUUCAUUGUGGAUUGUUCCUAACAAAACGGGGCAUUUCCAUGGUUCCCAAGAAAAAAAUUUUGCCGAUGUCUCCAAAUUGCCGUGUUCCCUUCAAUAACGGACUGCGCUGCAAGCGUUUCGCGAUUCACUGAGUGAGCACUUUUGAUGGUUUACCGAAGUUGUUAAAGCGAUCAAAGGUGUGUUUUUGUGUGUGUGACCAUACCUGCAGGUGCUCAAAACGUACUGGUUGCAGGUGCUCAGCACGUACUAUCCGGUCUGAAACUUCUGAUACUCUAUGGCAGCAAAGUCAUUGCUCCCAGAAGGGACCCUGUGUGUGGGUUGUGCCAUGCUCCACCAGCACGUUAGGUAUGUUAAAAAAAAAAAUCGCUCGAGCUCCUUUUUUUAUUAUUAAUAUUAUUAAGCUGUUUUCAUUUCAACCACUUUCUCAAUAUUGUACAAAAUGGUCUCGCUCCCAUCAUAGCAUGCAGCUCACAGUUGAGGCUGGAGUGCGUUUUCUUCGUUCCAGUUUAGUAUUUAUUUCUCUUUGCACUAUACAAAUGCAUCAUACCUAAUCAAUGAAUGCUCUCGAUAGACAAUGGUGACUUCAUUACAGAAAUUUUAGUCUUAUAAUCAUGUACACUUGACACUGUGGCAUUGUUGAAAUGUUGCACAGCCUGUUGUCAUGUAAAGGAUCUCCGAAUGAGCUCUAGAAAUGGAAAGAACUGGCGUGUUCUUUGCUCUUGGUUUUUCCCGUCUCUUCAUGGUGCAUUGCCAUGCAACCAAAAUUACUCGCUUAAUAUCACUGUACAAGUUUUGAAGUGGCCCCCAUAUGAAGAAUAUCAGUUGUGAUUUGUCUGCCGCUAUACUUACCAAACUUUGCCAUGCAGCUUCACGUCAUUCUCACACUGUCAACUGAUUUAACCUCAUGUUGUGGGUUUUGUACUACCCGAACAAAGGUAGCUGUAAAGUUGGAAGUCUUGAUAGGUACAGCACUCGGUACAGGCAUCAGCCACGAGUCAUCACUUUUCAGAAGCUCACAAGGUGGCAGUAAAACUGCUGUAGCCAGUGUACUUCAGAAGCAUUCCAAUGGCGCUCACUAGGCUAGUGUGUAAGGCCACUUGAAUUACUCUUCAUUUGGAUAAAUGUAGGGUGUUUUUCAAACUUAGUUGAGACCAAUGGUACUAUGGUGAAGAAUUACACAGCCACCUACCCAAUAAUAACCAAAAAGUAGUCUGUGGGCUUUCCAAGAAAUUGAGGUACUGUGAGAACUGCAAACGAGUCAAUUUCUUCCUCCGCUAAGUGGAUGACCCGACACAGCUGUUACGACUUACAUGCUAUCAGAAAUGAUUUCUUUAUAGGAAGGUGCUUGUAAUUUCACUCAUUUAUGCAUGCUUUCUUACAAUCGUCAAAUGUGGUACCUUAGUCCUAACGUUUUUAAUCAAAAAACGAAUGUGCUAAACGUGCGAACUCGUUCGUUAUUCAGCAGUAUCUGGCAGCAUCACUAUCAAGGUCUGCCUUUUAGAAUACGACUUCGAAUGAACAUUUAUUUCUCACACAACAGUCUCUUGUCUGGUGUAGCUUGGGCACCUAUCACAUACACAUGCUACCACUUGUGUAACGUUUAAGGAAGCAUGGCUCUAGCUUUACGCGCACAUCUUGUUCGAAAGGUGUAACGUAAGUUUCGUGGUGUGGCCUAGAGCAUGCAUUUCACUGCGACGUUUUUGUCGCAUGUGUUAAUGUAACAAAACGAUCAACGACGCUAGUAUUUACAUGGGAUAAAAAGGCAAUGCUGACACUUUCUCAUUGAAGUGUGGUUCUGCCUGUACUUCGCUGUGCUAGUUAAAACUACAUGGUUAUUUCUUUUCCCAACGUGCUGUACAACUAUGCUGUGUACUGUGUUUCAGUAUAGAAAUGUUGACUCCCAAGAUAUGCCAUAUGGCAGUACUGUACGUAUAUAGGUGGAGUAUACGUAUAUUGGUGGAGUACUGCCAUAUGGCAGUGCUCCACCUCCCUGGAAUGAAGACAAAAUGGAGGUUCAAAUGGCUUUUUCACGAAGCGAUUGAUCUUCCUCAUAGUGUGGUUCCCUUUCAAGCACUGUGAAUGCAUCAUUUUUUGGUCCCUAUGCAAGCGCAUAAGCUUGGAUAGACAUGGGAUGUCCAGAACAGAAGUUGUGUCACUCGGAAAGUCUUUGUCCAAGUAGGCCAGAUUGAUGCGUACCUGCCAACCUUAAACUGCUAAAAUUCUUGAAGAAUCGUGCGCAGAAAAGGUUUGUAUGACACAUAAUCAAAAUUUCGACCUCUAUUCAACACUUUUCUGGUGUUUGUACAAACAUUAUCGAUUGUGAUGUGACCUAACAUUCAGCACAUAUGUGGUGGCAAACUUAAAACAGCACAGUUUUUUAGAAACAGUGCUGUUGACAUUACCUGCUUCAGAGAUAGAGAGUCAUCUUGCUUGAAGCAAGUGCUCACUCUGGUAUGUGACAUCUUUGUCACCUCACCUUUGACCACUGUGAAGUCUUGUUUUAAAACGAUGAAUUGUGUGAAACCUUCUAAUAGAGCUCAAUUUUCAAGCUUAUAAAAUAUUUGUGAAUGUUGGCAGGUAUGCUUGACCUAUCUUUAUAAACUCCUGCAGGACUCCUCAGGGUUUUGGAGUUCGCACACAAUAUUUUUCCUUGUGCACGAUGUGAUGCCAUAUUGUAAAAGCACUUUUCGUAUGGCAUCUCAAACAUAACUACUAUUAUGCUGAUGGCUGUAAGGAGCAUCUAGUCCUAUCAACGUAUGGCUAUUUGUCAACCAUCUAAAAAAAAAUAAUGUGUACAUGAAUGUGGAUUCUGUAAGGGUUUGCAGUGCCACUGUGGUAUGUCGUUAUCGGCAGUUUAAAGCGGGAAUGUUUCCUGCCAAACGUAGGUAUGUGGGUGUUGCUAUGUCAUCUGGUUGUUGUAAGUUCACUUGUAUACUCUAUGUUGCGAUGAAGCUGACACUCGAUUCUCAUGGCAAGGAAGAGGAGAGAAGCAUACAUUAUUGAGCUGGAAGUUCUCUUGAAACUGCCAAUAACUGCUCUUCACCACCAUGACUGGUCAUUGAGUAUUUGAUGCUGUUGAAAUGGCUCUGAAGCUUUCUUCUGUAAUGAAAUCAUUUUGAUCCACUGGUCAAUGUUUUAAUGUUUUUUUCUUGACUUUGAUGCAGAAAGCAGUGGGUACGACCUCGAAAAGAAAGCCUCACUUCGUGUCAAAGUUUCAAAUGGCUUUUGUGUGGCUGUUCUCAAGACCCAUCUGUUUGUAUGAGUUUCGCAACAGCAGUUAUUUCUUUAUUAUUAUUAUUUUUUUCAAUUCUUCCCAUUCCUCUGGACUGCAGCAUCCAGAAACCAAAGGCACGGAGCCUAGCUUUGAGGGCCUUUUCAGCGCAUCGAUGAAGUUGCUCACACCAAGUUUUUCUGUCGCUUGCAACUUAAGUGUUUGAUGUUGCAUGCACAUGUACAUUUCACCUGCCAUGUAUAUCGCACAUGUUCAGAGUUUUGCUCAGUAAAGUAAAGGCCUUGUGGUGUCA